AUGACGGUGGUGAGGGAGUUGGAAGAUGAAAGUGCUCGGGAAAUAGUAAAGCUCUUCGUAGAUGCUGGUUUAAUCUACAUUACCAGUCUAAUAUCUCCAUAUAGGAAAGACCAUGACUCAUGUCGUGCUAUGUUGCUUGAUACUAAUUUUAUAAAGGCAAGGCUCCUUGAGGAUGUUUUUAUGAACAUGCCUCUAGAAUUGUGUAAGGCGAGAGAUUCAAAAAGCUGUCUCAAGCUUGCACGUGCUGGAAAGAUUAAAGGUUUUACUAGCAUAGAUAAUCCUUAUGAGCCACCCCAGAACUGUGAGGUACAAAUACAGCAAAAAGAUGGAGAUUGCCCCACACCAGGUGUUAUGGCGAGGGAAGUAGUUUCUUACUCGGAAGAGAAAGGGUAUCUGCAACAUCAUUUAUAA